UCGCAUUUCAAAUGGCUCUUACGAGCGAUGUACCACCACGCACGCUUGCGCUCGUGCUUUGCGUUAUUUCUGGUAUCAGUGUCACGGGAGUGGUCGUGACGCUUUUUAUGCCACUUCUUCCGGAAGACGGAGAUAGGUUCGAUCGUGCUGCGAGGAUCAUCUCAAGAGGGUGUCUUGUUGUAUUGAUAAUCGCGAUGCCGAUCGUGAAUCUUGUCCUUAUAUAUUUUGGUAUGUGUGGAUACAUCGAUGUGGGUGGAAUAUGGAUGUUUCGUGGUCAACGACAGUUGCCAUCGCUGGGGAUUCGACAGCAAGGCAAUUUCGCACUGCGAGUCUUGCAGCUUGGACAAUCGUUGCAUCUUUAAGGGUUAUUGCUACGUUAAUCAUCAUUCUGUUGUACCUUUACUUCCUGAGAGCGUAUUCCCAAGCGAGGCAUCCUUCGAGAUAUACCAGAGAGACGUACUACUAACCGUCAUUAAUGGCCUCGAAGGGUGUUGUAAACUCACCUGUGUCCACUAUGGAAUCAUCGAUCGCAUUCUCGGUAAACCAGAUGCCCAACUCACGAAAGAAGCUCUUACAGUAGGCCUCGAUGAAAGGCAGGCCUCGAUGAUGAAUUACAAGCGCUUGAUGAUCCCGAGAUGGUGCGUUCCAUCACGUCCUAUUAUCGAACGACCUAACGAAACAAGGGAUAUGGCAACCUCCCCUUCUUCCCAAGUUAACCUCCAACCAAACAUAAGCCUCCCCACCUCAGAAAAUGCACCACCCCCAAUCCACGCAAAUUCACAUGCUUCGAUGCUCUCUGAUCCAGCGUCUGUCUCUACUUCUCCUCUAACGCUCGCUAAGAUUCAGGAGGAGGGAGAGCAAGUGGGGUCUUUGCUCGAUGUGUUGAUAUCAGCCCUGAUCGAACCUGUCCCAUUCGGUGUUGAUAUAAAGAUGACGAUUUCAGGAGAAUAUUGUUAGGUGAGUGCGAUCCCAAUCGCACCUUUCCUUCUUUCCGCUCCCGUAUUGAAUUGUGGAUUGACGAGUGGGGAGUGAGAGGAAUUGAGCGGGGCUGUGAGGUCACAGUGCGAUGCGUGCGGCAGGUGCGAUACAGCUCGGGGUUGUACGUGAGGUGGAAUGAAAUGGCAUUUUUUUUAUUUUGUUUCAAUAGCAUUGUACUGGAC